UUACAGUAUUUAGUGGAACAAUUUGAAACCGUCAUCACCUGGGAAUCAGUCACAUUCAAGGGCAAGAAUAUCAGUGACUUUCCAAAAUGUGCUUUGCCAGUGAGUCCAGCAGACCCCAAUCUUCUCAUUGGGAGGCAAAUGAUCUGCGAUUCUAAAGGAAUGUCCUGCACAAAUGUUGUUGGUGGUGCACAUGUUAACUAUGGUUUCCGACCUGCUGACAAAAGCGGACAAGCUGUAAUUGAUGACACAGUCAAUAUUGAUACAUUUGAAGUUCUUGUAGCCAAGAAGAAGAAGCCAACAAACCCAUUCAAGCAAAUGUGGUCCAUCUUUUUGCCUUCAGCUGGAAGAUGGUUCAGUUUUGAGCCCAUUGCUUUACUUUGCAUGAUUAUAUCCAGUUCUCGGCUUUUCCAUCUUGAUGUGCAUUUGCCUGAUGCACGAGAAGAACCCUUGCUGCAAAUCCACGGCCAAUGGGUACAAAAAAGCGAGCAGGGCAUGAAAAGCAGCAGCAACAUGAAUAUCAUUGCCCGCAGAGGAACCACGUACAGAACCAGAGCAACCAGACACAGCAAGAAUAUGGCCAACCAGGACAAAAACGGGAUAGUGAAGUUGAAAACGCUGCGAACGGAAUCAAAAAGACCUCUAGGUCAAGUGUCGCUCCUUAGGCAACCCAUAAUGCGACACCUAUCCACAAUAUCUGAAAUUCGCGAUAUCGAGACCUCGCCAAUAAUCCCAAAAAUCCGUGGAACUCACUGGAUUGAAUAUGAUUGUCAUUUCGAGAAGGAUUUGCGGCCUUACAAUGUGAAAAUCUUGUGCCAGUUGGGGCUCAGGGUUUUGUACUCAGUUUGGGUCUGCAGUCUGGCAUUCACUAGUUCCAGCACGCAGAAAGGGUCACUUUUCCCUCCGAGGUCAGCUGCUGCUAGUCCCUGGGCCUUGAACACCUUGACU